AUGACAACAGUUUAUGCUAGAUGUAGUGUAAUAGAAAGACUUGAAUUAUGGGAAAAUUUGGAGAAUGUUAUUGAAGACAAUCACUUGCCUUGGGUGGUGGGUGGGGAUUUUAAUGUGAUAAGAAAUGAAGAGGUAAAGUUUGGAGGGCUACCAGUGUCAAAUUUAGAGACUAUUGAUUUUGAGCAAUGUUUGAGUAGUUGUGCACUUGAGGAGAUAAAAUUCAAUGGGAGUAAAUAUACAUGGUGGAAUGGAAGAAUAGGGGAGACUUGCAUAUUUAAAAGAUUGGACAUAAUAAUGGGCAAUCAAAAGUUUUUUGAGUUACUUCCAGCUUUAGAAGAAACACACCUGUUGAGACAAGGAUCAGAUCAUGCACCUUUACUGGUUAAAUGCAACACAAAUAGUGAACCAAUGAUUAAGCCUUUCAAAUUUUUGAAUUUUUGGACAAAACACAAAGAUUUCAAGAAAAUUGUAGAGGAUAAUUGGAAGAUUGAUUUUGUAGGGUCCUCAUUUACAGAGGUACAAACAAAGAUGAAAAAAGUAAAGGCUGCUCUGACAGAAUGGAGCAAAAACGAAUAUGGGAAUAUUUUUCAUGAAAUUGCUACAUUAGAGGAUAUUAUUCAGACCAAAGAAGCUCAACUGGAGGUUAGGCUUGAUGAGAAUUCAAGGGAAAAAUUGAAGAAGGCAGAGGCAAAACUUAUUAGAUUCUUAAAUCUUGAGGAAAAAUUUUGGAAGCAGAAGUCAGGAUUGAGAUGGUUCAAGGAUGGGGACAGAAAUACAAAAUUCUUCCACUCUUAUGUGAAAGACAGAAAGAGGAGGAUGAAUAUAAAGGAGAUCCACACUGAUCAAAGAGAUAUCAUUAGUGGUACACAGAACAUUGUGAAAGAAGCUGUCAAAGUUUUUAAGGGGCAAUUCAAUGAGGUGAGGGGAGACAGAGAUUACAGCAUGCUGGAGAAUAUUCCUUCUUUGAUCACACAAGAGGACAAUGACAGUAUCAGUAAACCACCAACAGAGAAUGCAGUAAAGAUAGUGGUGAAUGCUUUAAAUGGAAACAACACUAGUGGACCUGAUAGCUUUUCUAGAUUGCUCUUUCAGACAUGUUGGGACAUCUUAGGCAAGGAUAUCACUAGAAUGGUGCAGACAUUCUUUGCUGGACAAGAGUUGCUAAGGUUUUUCAAAUCCACUAGGGGAUUGAAACAAGGAGACCCAUUAUCUCCCACUCUGUUCAUCAUUGCUGCUGAAGUUUUAGCAAGGGGUCUGAAUAAACUGCAUAAGGAUUUAGAUUACAGAGGAUAUGGUAUCCCCAAGUGGAGCCCAAACAUAAAUCAUCUGUCAUAUGCUGACGACACUAUUUUAUUUUGUUCUGGGCAUCAUAGAUCUAUAAAAAAGAUGAUGAAGGUGCUAAGAGAAUAUGAAUAUGUCUCUGGCCAACUGAUCAAUUUAUCUAAAAGUUUUAUAUAUCUUCAUGAGAAAGUGCCUAUUGCAGAUUGCUCAAGAAUAAGGAAAUUGACAGGAAUAGGUCAGGGAUCUUUUCCUUUCACUUAUUUGGGAUGUCCUAUAUUUUAUGGGAGAAGAAGAUCAGAUCAUUUUGAGGAGCUGCUGAAGAAAGUGAGAAAGAGAAUAUUAUUGUGGCAGAACAAACUACUUUCUUUUGGGGAAAGAUACAUCUCGGUAGCUCAUGUGCUCCAAUCAAUGCCUGUAUAUCUUUUAACUGCAAUGAAUCCACCUAAAGGGAUUAUUAAACAAUUACAUAUGAUAUUUGCAAAAUUUUAUUGGAGCAACAUUGCAGGUACAAGAAGUAAGCAUUGGGUAGCAUGA